AUGAUCAUCACCAUCACCACCAUCAUCAUCACCACCACCAUCAUCACCAUGAUCAUCAUCACCACCACCACCACCAUCAUCAUCAUCAUCAUCAUCAUCCUCAUCAUUACCAUGAUCAUCAUCACCAUCAUCAUCAUCACCCUCAUCAUCACCAUGAUCAUCAUCCUCAUCAUCACCAUGAUCAUCCUCAUCAUCAUCAUCAUGUUGCAACCAUACCAGGGAAAGGACAGCAUGAGAAAUGUUUUUAAAAUUGUUCAAUUCAUUUCCUGUUGAUAACACAAUAUUAUGCCAUUUCACACUCUGCAACCCCUCGCAUUGGAACUAGUAGCGAUCACCAAUUUCAUCAGAAUUUCACCAGAAUUACAAGAGGUCACUCAAGAGCAAUGCCCUUUGGUUGAGCAAGCAUAAUGACUUGUGUUAAUUCUAGUAUAAAAAUGUGAGUUGUUGGGGAGAAGACGUUGACUUGACUCCUGAUCACACAGACAGGCUCCAGCAUCUUGUUACUGAAAUGAGAAUUAGGGCAUGGGCCUGGAAGGCUGUUCAGACAACAGCACAACUGAACACUACCUACAGAAUCUACAUGUGAUUUAGUAAAGUCAUCUACACUCUCCUACUUGUCAGUCUUUGACAUUUACUUUACAUCUGUCAUUGUCUAUACUGUAUGAUAAGAUGUGUUUUUUAAAUCUUUUACAAUCUAGUUUUCAAAGAUUGUCACCAUGGCGAUGAUGUUGACCAUCCUUAUCCUACUCAGCAUUGCCUUUGAAUGCGAGAGAGACACCUUUACAUUACUAAUUCAUCCAUUCUGUUAGUUGUUCUGUACACUUGACCAUUUCUAGCCCUGCUGGAGCAGAAGUGUUUAGAUUUGGAGUGUAGAGAUAUGUAGAGAUGUGUUUUGUAGUGUCUGUUGAACAUUUUACCAUUCUAAAUAUUCCUUUGUAAAGACUUUUUCUAUUCUAAAAGUUUCAUUCUAAAGAUUAUUUUUCAAUUCUAAAGAUUCCAUUCCCUGCCUUAACCUGAUGCAGGAUACAUGCGGAAAACAGGUCAAUGGAAUUCACGCAUCCCCCCGUGAGGGAUAGAUCCAGAAUCUCCUCAUUGCCGCCCAUCAAAAUUAGUCUACAUUUUCAAAAUUAGCCUACAUUUACAUAGUAUUUCACACUAUGUUAGGGUAAAAAUUGGAGUAUAAUGCUUGUAUAGAUGUCAACGCCAAUGCAUGUUCAUGUCAUCAUCACCAAUCAACUGCAUUACACUUACAAACGGCUUCAACUACAACCACCGAUUUCUAUUUGCUAGCUAUGCUACCAGCUUAUAUGAACAGGAAAAGGAUAACUUUUAAAUAUUAUGCAGCUAAAACAGCCAAAUAUGUACACAUUUGAUUUUAGUAACCACCUUGUGGGCCUGUUAGAACACAGAAAUGACAGAUUUGAUGAAUAUCCACUUUGUUAGAUCAGCUUUUUUGAAUGGGUGCCAAUGACGGUGUUUCUUCCAUCUCCAACGGACUGCGUUCCAUUGACCUCUUUACCGCAUGUAUGGUAAGUGUUGAGUCGAUUGUUUGGUGGUCUAAAAAAAAACAUUGACAUAUUGAAUAAGAACAGUCAGAAUGAUACAUUGCAACAAUCACACUUUAGCUCACGCUUAUUACCAGAGUGUGUCUCUAGACCUGUCCUUCUCAGGUAACAGGACCCUAGAACCACCAUCAUCUGGAACCGAGAAGCCAUUCUUCUCAGAUAACAGGACCCUAGAACCACCAUCAUCUGGAACCGAGGAGCCGUCCUUCUCAGGUAACAGGACCCUAGAACCACCAUCAUCUGGAACCGAGGAGCCGUCCUUCUCAGAUAACAGGACCCUAGAACCACCAUCAUCUGGAACUGAGGAGCCGUCCUUCUCAGAUAACAGGACCCUAGAACCACCAUCAUCUGGAACCGAGGAGCCGUCCUUCUCAGAUAACAGGACCCUAGAACCACCAUCAUCUGGAACUGAGGAGCCGUCCUUCUCAGAUAACAGGACCCUAGAACCACCAUCAUCUGGAACUGAGGAGCCGUCCUUCUCAGAUAACAGGACCCUAGAACCACCAUCAUCUGGAACUGAGGAGCCGUCCUUCUCAGAUAACAGGACCCUAGAACCACCAUCAUCUGGAACUGAGGAGCCGUCCUUCUCAGAUAACAGGACCCUAGAACCACCAUCAUCUGGAACCGAGGAGCCGUCCUUCUCAGGUAACAGGACCCUGGAACCACCAUCAUCUGGAACUGAGGAGCAGUCCUUCUCAGAUAACAGGGACCCUGGAACCACCAUCAUCUGGAACCGAGGAGCCGUCCUUCUCAUGUAACAGGACCCUAGAACCACCAUCAUCUGGAACCGAGGAGCCGUCCUUCUCAUGUAACAGGACCCUGGAACCACCAUCAUCUGGAACCGAGAAGCCGUCCUUCUCAGAUAACAGGACCCUAGAACCACCAUCAUCUGGAACCGAGGAGCCGUCCUUCUCAGGUAACAGGACCCUGGAACCACCAUCAUCUGGAACUGAGGAGCCGUCCUUCUCAGAUAACAGGACCCUGGAACCACCAUCAUCUGGAACCGAGGAGCCGUCCUUCUCAUGUAACAGGACCCUGGAACCACCAUCAUCUGGAACCGAGGAGCCGUCCUUCUCAUGAUAACAGGACCCUGGAACCACCAUCAUCUGGAACCGAGGAGCCGUCCUUCUCAUGUAACAGGACCCUGGAACCACCAUCAUCUGGAACCGAGGAGCCGUCCUUCUCAGAUAACAGGACCCUGGAACCACCAUCAUCUGGAACCGAGAAGCCGUCCUUCUCAGAUAACAGGACCCUGGAACCACCAUCAUCUGGAACCGAGGAGCCGUCCUUCUCAGGUAACAGGACCCUGGAACCACCAUCAUCUGGAACUGAGGAGCCGUCCUUCUCAGAUAACAGGACCCUGGAACCACCAUCAUCUGGAACCGAGGAGCCGUCCUUCUCAUGUAACAGGACCCUGGAACCACCAUCAUCUGGAACCGAGAAGCCAUUCUUCUCAGGUAACAGGACCCUGGAACCACCAUCAUCUGGAACCGAGAAGCCAUUCUUCUCAGGUGACAGGACCCUGGAACCACCAUCCUCUGGAACCGAGGAGCCGUCCAUCUCAGGUGACAGGACCCUGGAACCACCAUCAUCUGAAACCGAGGAGCCGUCCUUCUCAGGUGACAGGACCCUUGAACCACCAUCAUCUGGAACCGGGGAGCCGUCCUUCUCAGGUGACAGGACCCUGGAACCACCAUCAUCUGAAACCGACGAGUUGUCCUCCGGA